UUUCAGUUGGCAUGACUGUAGAACACCAUCCAUCUUAGGUGCUCCGCGACCGACGGAAAUUCAUUCUUUCCUACUUGCGUGUUGUUGAGGACCGCAUCUCAUCAUGACGUCGAAGGUAUCUCGUGAUACGUUCUAUGAAUGUGUCAACGCCGUUAUCAGCAACUCUGCUGAGAAGAAGAGGAACUUUUUGGAGACCGUUGAAGUCCAAAUCGGUCUGAAGAAUUAUGAUCCACAGAAGGACAAGCGUUUCAGCGGAACCGUAAAGCUAAAGCACAUUCCCCGCCCAAAAAUGCAGGUGUGCAUCUUGGGAGAUCAGCAGCAUUGUGACGAGGCCAAAGCUAACGGCGUCCCAUGGAUGGAUGUUGAUGCUUUGAAGAAGCUGAACAAGAACAAGAAAUUGGUUAAGAAACUGGCCAAGAAAUACGACGCUUUCCUUGCCUCUGAGGCUUUGAUCAAGCAGAUCCCACGUCUCCUGGGUCCAGGUCUUAACAAGGCUGGUAAAUUCCCUGGUCUCUUGUCCCACCAAGAAUCCAUGACCCAAAAGAUUGAUGAAGUCAAGGCCACCAUCAAGUUCCAAAUGAAGAAGGUACUUUGCUUGUCUGUCGCCGUUGGACACGUUGACAUGACCCCAGAUGAGCUCGUACAAAACGUACAUUUGUCCGUUAACUUCUUGGUUUCUCUGCUGAAGAAGCAUUGGCAAAACGUUAAGUCCCUCCACGUUAAAUCGUCCAUGGGACCACCACAACGUUUGUAUUAAA